AGAUUUUUUUCUCGCUCUAUUUAACAUUAUGAUAUAGGGCAUAUUCUGACAUUUUCUCAGGGAAUAAUGCACGAUGUUCAUGAGAAAAAUAAGAUGUACAUAGGUGGCUGGCAAAGAAGCGCGAACGAGGACUGUGCUCUACGGAGUGCCAAUCUAGUUUUCUCAAAAUCAAGAACUUUGAGAAAAAUUCCAGCUAUGAUUUCCCAGAGCACACGCUUAUGUCUUUUAUUGACUUCUUUUUUUGUUUUUAACAAUAAACAGUAAAAAAAGAAGAAAAAAAACAACAAACAAGACAGUGAUAUUCAUUUAUAAUAAUAAAAGAGAGAAAAAAAAGUUUGACAGUUUUGCUUAAAAUAAUAUUGCUAGUAAAUCGUCAUUUUUGAUGAUAACAAAAAGAUUAAAAAAAACAAAAGCCAAAAGUUGAUUGUUUUGCAAGAUGUGGGAAUAUUUUUUGUUGUGGAAAAAAAUUACAUCAUUGUAGUCUGUCUCUUAAGAAAACUGCACUCUUCUAACAGCAAAAACAAUCUAAUAUAUUAAGGGCAUUAACGAUCCAGACACCACAAUAUUCUUACAGCUACAUAUUCUACCUUGAGAACUGCAUGACUGUUUCACCUGAGAAAGUGGUGACUAGACUGUAACCUGCAGGUAAACACACUGCACCAACACUGACAAACUGAAGCAGGAGAAACGUGCCUUGAUUUACGCACCUCCAUUUCAUUUCGUGAUACACAUUAGCAUGGUAGUGUUCUUCAAUGAAGCAAAACAUGCACAUGUAUGUACUGUAUGUAUGGGGUGGAUGCUCUUUACCCUCCUUUUUGUCUCCCACUACAAAGUCUACAUUCUCGUGCUCAUAUGUUACCUGUAAACUUGACGCUGUGUACCUGAGCCCCGGAACACAGUCUACCUUUAUGGACACGAGAAAAAAAAAAGGGUGGGUGUAAAAUAUCGUAAAUAAAAAUGGCAGGAGAAAGAAGAAGAAGAAAAAAAAGAAACAUCAUUGAAGGGUUAAUUUUUAGUCAUACCAGGCUCCGAGAAGUAGAAAAAUGAGAAAAAAAAUUCCUCCGCCGCGGCGACACAGAGAAAGAAAACUUUAACUCCCGGAGUGUUUAAAUGUCCAGUCUAGGCUCAAAUUAACAACUGUGUUGAGGGGUGUUUAUUUUUUUACGCGGUCACAAACAAAUGCAACGUAGAUAUACGCUUUUAAAAGAAAGUUUUUAACCAUCUUUUCAGUCGGACCAUAGAUCCCCGCUGACUUCGGCGGAAGGAUAUGUUUUUCUGCGUCUCCGCUCUGACUUCAGUGAGUGGUGAGCGUUCAGGGCUGAGGACUUUUUUUCGCCGCCGUGUGUCUCUGCUACGACUUAAAUUAUGUUGUUUUAAUCGGUUUCGAACAGAGCAGCUUUUGGGACACAUGUAGAAAAAAAAAAUUUAAAUUAGCGUGUUACUAUAAUUCGGCUCUACACGUAGCUCAGUUGUGUCUCUGUGUGUGUGAGUCAUUUCCAGCGAGACUUUUUUGAGAAGUAACCGUCCCGGGAGGCAAACUUCACUUCGGUUUGGCGACCUUAUGUGGAUUUUACAGAAAAUAUGGAGCAGAUCCCCGGUUUCUCCUCGGGCAAACCACUAGUCUUCGUCUUCUGCUUCAUUCACCUCUCCCUGGCCCUGCAGUGUAUGGAUGAUAAGGCGCCUUGUGUUAACAACGCGACGUGUCUGACCUUCAGCAACGGUACCGAAUACUGCAGGUGUGCACCAGGCUUCCUGGGAGAGUACUGCCACCAUAAGGACCCGUGUCAUCCUGGCUUUUGCCAGAAUGGAGGGAACUGCUCUGUUUCCAUGUUAGCUGGAGUACCUGUACCUGGCAGCGCCAGCUGCACCUGCCCUCUCGGCUACACCGGCCAGCACUGCCAAACUCCCCAGAACUCCACGUGUUAUCCCAACAACCCCUGUGCCAACAACGGCGUCUGCACCCUCCUGUCACUUGACAAGUACAAGUGCGAGUGUACCAGAGGAUGGACAGGGCUGCGGUGUGAGCAGGAGGACAGCUGUCUAUCCAGUCCCUGUGCCAACGGUGGAACGUGUAGCUCUCUGUCUGGUGGCAGCUACACGUGUUCCUGUCCACCUGGCUACACAGGUCCUCGGUGCCUUAAUGACACAAAUGAAUGUGCUGCCACACCCUUUAUAUGCCAGAAUGAGGGAGUAUGCGUCAACACCCCUGGCUCUUACAAGUGUAACUGUGCCCCUGGGUUUACUGGCAGACACUGUGAAAGCUCUUACAUCCCUUGCUCACCUUCACCGUGCCUAAAUGGGGGCACCUGCCACCAGACCUCUGAAAGCAGCUACUCGUGCCACUGCCUUCCAGGUUUCAACGGGACCAACUGUGAGAACAACAUAGACGACUGUCCCGGUCAUCAGUGUGCCAAUGGAGGAACUUGUAUGGAUGGAGUAAACACCUACAACUGCCAGUGCCCUCCAGAGUGGACUGGCCAGCACUGCACAGAAGAUGUCAAUGAGUGUCGCCUACAGCCAAACACUUGCCAGAAUGGAGGCACCUGCAGUAACCUGAUCGGCAGCUAUCAGUGUGUGUGUGUCAAUGGCUGGAGCGGGGCCGACUGCUCUGAGAACAUUGACGACUGCGCCACAGCAGCAUGCAGCCCCGGCUCCACCUGUAUCGACCGCGUCGCGUCAUUUGUCUGCCUUUGCCCCCUUGGAAAGACGGGUCUGCUUUGCCAUAGAGACGAUGCCUGCAUCAGUAACCCGUGUCGAGAGGGCUCUCAGUGUGACACCAACCCCAUCAGCGGCAUGUUCAACUGCAAUUGCCCACCUGGAUAUGUAGGCAACACCUGCAACAUCGACAGAGACGAAUGCAGCAUUGGUACCAACCCCUGCGAGCACGGUGGUCAGUGUGUGAACACUGAUGGCUCCUUCACCUGUAACUGUGCUAGAGGUUACUCUGGGCCACGCUGUGAGCAAGAUGUCAACGAGUGUGCCUCCAGCCCCUGCCAGAACGAUGGCACAUGUCUAGACCGUAUUGGGGACUACACCUGCAUCUGCAUGCCCGGAUUCGCUGGGACUCACUGUGAGAUAGAGAUGAACGAGUGUAGCAGCUCGCCCUGUUUGAACCAGGGUAAAUGUCUGGACCAAGUCAGCCGCUUUGUCUGCGAAUGUCCAGCAGGCUUCAGUGGUGAAAUGUGCCAGAUAGACAUAGAUGAGUGUUCCAGCACACCCUGUUUAAAUGGGGCCAAGUGUAUCGACCGACCCAAUGGAUAUGAUUGUGAAUGUGCUGAAGGCUUCGCUGGUCCGCUCUGUGAGGAAAACAUCAACGACUGUGUACCAGAGCCGUGCCACCAUGGUUUGUGUAAAGAUGGCAUCGCCACCUUCUCCUGUGAGUGCCAUGCUGGAUACACAGGCUCCAUCUGUAAUAUCCAGGUCCAGGAGUGCCACAGCAACCCCUGUCAGAACCGAGGGCGCUGCAUUGACCUAGUCAAUGCCUACCAGUGCAACUGCCCACCGGGAACCACAGGAGUUAACUGUGAGAUCAAUGAAGAUGACUGUGCCAGCAACCCCUGUGAGUACGGAGAGUGCCAGGAUGGCAUUAACGAGUACAAAUGUGUGUGCGCCCCAGGAUAUACAGGGGUUAAAUGUGACGUGCAGAUCAACGAGUGUAACUCAAACCCGUGUAUGAGCGGGGGAACCUGUGUGGACAAAGUCAAUGGGUUCCACUGUUUGUGCCCGCCCACCACCCAUGGCCCUCUGUGCCUCUCCGGGACCGACCACUGUGCUCCUCAGCCUUGUGUGCAUGGAGAAUGCAUCGAACAGCAACACGGGUAUCAUUGUGAGUGUGAGGCCGGCUGGGUGGGACAACACUGUGAGCAGGAAAAGAAUGAGUGCUUGUCCAAUCCGUGCCAGAAUGGUGGCAGCUGUUUGGACCGAUAUAAUGGCUACACCUGUGUUUGUCUACCUGGAUUCAGAGGAGUAAACUGUGAGAAGAACAUAGACGAGUGCGCGUCCGGACCCUGUCUGAACCAGGGUAUCUGUAUAGACUUGGUCAACAGUUACAGCUGCCAGUGUAGUCCACCAUUCACAGGUAAGCACUGUGAGGUGGAACAGGUUCCCUGUGCCUCUCAUCCAUGUGAGAGGGGAGGAGUGUGUCGCCCGACUGCAGACUACACCUCUUACACCUGUCGGUGUCCCGCUGGCUGGCAAGGUCCACGCUGCAGUGAGGAUGUGAAUGAAUGCAAAAAGAACCCUUGCAAAAAUAACGGUCGCUGCAUUAAUAGCCAGGGCAGCUACACGUGUAAAUGUCAGCAGGGAUACAGCGGACACAACUGUCAGACAGACAUCGACGACUGCUCACCCAACCCAUGUCUGAAUGGAGGCUCAUGUGUGGACGAUGUUGGGAGCUUCUCCUGCGACUGCCGCCCAGGUUUCGAAGGGGAGCGCUGUGAGACUGAAGUAGACGAGUGUGCCAGCCAGCCCUGCAGGAAUGGUGCCAUCUGCCGGGACUAUGUCAACAGCUUUGUGUGUGAAUGCCGACCAGGCUUUGAUGGAAUCCUGUGUGAACACAACAUCCUUGAAUGUACCGAGAGCUCUUGUCUUAAUAAUGGCACUUGCAUUGACGACAUCAACACUUUCUCGUGCCGUUGCCGUCCUGGUUUUUACGGGACGUUCUGUGAGUAUGAGCAGAAUGAGUGUGAUUCUCAGCCCUGUAAGAACGGAGGCACCUGCACUGAUGGCCUGGGAACCUACCGCUGCACCUGCCCUGUAGGAUACAAUGGACUGAACUGCCAGAACUUUGUGAACCUGUGUAGCCAGGUGCGCUGUCACAAUGGCGGCUCUUGCUCUCAGACAGCAGCGACCUCCUGGACCUGCCACUGUACAGUGGGAUGGACGGGACUUUACUGCGAUGUACCCAACAUGUCCUGCCAGGACUUUGCUGCUAGAGCAGGUCUGGAAGUUGAAAGUGUGUGUAAGAACGCUGGGCGGUGUGUGAAUGUGGGUAAUUCCCACAAGUGCGAGUGCCAGCCAGGAUACACAGGGAGCUACUGUGAUGAGAUGGUCGACGAGUGCAAGUCAAACCCUUGCCGCAAUGGAGCUACAUGCAAGGGCUAUCAGGGCACAUACGAGUGUAAAUGCAAACCAGGCUAUCAGGGGGUGAACUGUGAGUACGAUGUUGAUGAAUGCCACUCUAAGCCCUGCCUCCAUGGAGGUACCUGCAUCAACCUUAUCAACCGCUUCACCUGCGCCUGCCCACCUGGAACACACGGAAUCCAGUGUGAAGUGAACGAUGAUGACUGCGCACCCAAGCAAGGCUCCUGGGAACCUCGCUGUCUGAAUGGAGGACAGUGCGUGGACGGUGUGGGCCGCUACACAUGCUCCUGCCCCCCAGGAUUCGUUGGAGAACACUGUGAGGGGGAUCUCAACGAGUGCCUCUCGGCGCCCUGUUAUGCUCCCGGCAGCCUCGACUGUGUGCAGCUGGUCAACGAUUACCAGUGUCGCUGUCGCCUUGGAUACACAGGUCGCCAUUGUGAGUCCAUGGUGGAUCUGUGUCUGUCGAAGCCGUGCCACAACGGUGGCGUCUGCUCUAUGAACAUGAGCUCAGUUCAUGGCUACACCUGCUCCUGUGUAUCUGGCUUUACUGGGUUAAACUGUGGCGACAUAGAAGGCUACAGUUGUGAAAAGCUACGAUGCCAGAACAGCGGGCGCUGCGUGGUGUCCACAGCUGGCCACCUGUACUGCCAUUGCCAGCCAGGCUUCAGUGGGGCACACUGUGAGAAUCAACUGAGGUGUCCGUGGCCCUGCCAAAAUGGAGGAACCUGCGACCAAUCCAAGCCGUACCAGUUCAGCUGCCACUGCCCCCCACACUUCACUGGACGUUACUGUGAGAACAAACUACCCUCAUCUGGCCCUCCAAGCUGUCCGUAUCUUCAGUGUGGGCAGCAUUCGCAGGAUAGAGUGUGUGACGAUCAGUGUAACAACCAUGAAUGUCAGUGGGAUGGAGGAGACUGCUCGCUCAACUGGCAGAAGCCAUGGGAAAACUGCACCGCCAGUAUCCCCUGCUGGGAUCGCUUUAAGAACAGACAAUGUGAUAAGGAAUGCGACAACCCUGGGUGCCUCUUUGAUGGCUUUGAAUGUCAAGACUUAAGUCCCUGCAAGUAUGACAGGUACUGCGCAGACCACUACGGUGACGGCAUCUGUGACCGGAGCUGCUAUACGGAGGAAUGUGGCUGGGACGGCUUGGACUGUUCUGGUGACACUCCAGCCAAUAAGAUCACUGGCACUCUGGUGAUAGUGGUCCGGCUGCAGCCUAAGGAGCUACUUGGAGACAUAAGGGGUUUCUUGCGCUCACUGGGAGCCCUGUUGCACACUAACCUGCAGGUUAAGCGGGAUGAAAACAAAAAGCUAAUGGUGUACCCUUACUUUGGGGUGGAGGAGUUUGGACGCCAUGGACAGAGGAGCAGAAGCAAGAGGGAGCUGGAGAGGGAGGUUAUUGGAUCUGUGGUGCACCUGGAAAUCGAUAACCGCGAAUGUUCCCUGAGUUCUGUCGAAUGUUUCUCCAGCACUGACGAGGCUGCGUCCUUCAUUGCUGCAGCACACAUCAAGGCUGAACUGCCAUACCCUCUCGUAUCUGUCAACAGUAGUCAGGCGCGCAUUGAUCCACAUACACAGGUUUUACCAUACCUGGUCGGAUUGGCAGUGGUUAUUAUUCUCCUUAUCCUGGUUCUGGGGAUGCUUGCAGCCAAGAGGAAGCAUAAGCAUGGUGUCCUGUGGCUUCCUGAUGGCUUCCUGGCCAAUAAAAAUGACAAGAGGAGAGAGCCUGUGGGACAGGAUGACUUUGACAUGAAGAAUUUCAAGACCCAGGAUGGAGCCAUGAUUGAUGGAGGACAGAGUCAAAGAUGGCUGGAAGAUGAGGUCCCAUCCAAGAAACCCAGAACCGAAGACAAGCCCUUGCUGCCCAUUGCUAUGGACGGAGGUGUUGACCGAAGGGAGUGGACGCUGCAGCAUCGAAAGGCCGCUGACAUCACCCUCACUCCCCCACAGGCCGACCUGGACACUGACUGCUUGGAUGUUAACGUCAAGGGUCCUGAUGGUUUCACCCCACUGAUGUUGGCGUCGCUGCGUAAUGGUGGAGGCCCCGACUGCAGCCUGCACGGGGAAGAGGAGGAGGAGAGUGGAGGAGAUGAACCAGGACCGAGUGUCAUUUCAGACCUGAUCUCUCAAGGUGCUUCUCUGUUGGCUCAGACCGACCGUACGGGAGAAACGGCGCUUCACUUGGCUGCCCGCUACGCCAGGGCUGAUGCUGCCAAGAGACUGCUGGAUGCCGGAGCCGAUCCCAACGCCCACGACAACAUGGGGAGAACUCCGCUGCAUGCUGCAGUGGCAGCUGAUGCGCAGGGAGUCUUCCAGAUUCUGAUCCGGAAUCGUGCAACAGAACUGGACUCCCGCAUGAACGACGGCACCACUCCACUGAUCCUGGCAGCCAGGCUUGCCGUUGAGGGGAUGGUGGAGGAGCUGAUCCACUGCCAUGCUGACAUCAACGCUGUAGACGACCAUGGCAAAUCUGCUCUGCACUGGGCAGCUGCAGUUAAUAAUGUCGAAGCAACUCUUGUCCUUUUGAAGAAUGGAGCUAACCGUGACAUGCAAGACAAUAAGGAGGAGACGCCACUGUUCCUCGCAGCCAGAGAGGGCAGCUUCGAGGCAGCUCAAGUUCUCCUCGACCACUACUCCAACCGUGACAUCACUGAUCACCUGGAUCGACUGCCCCGCGACACGGCUCAAGAGCGUAUGCAUCAUGACAUAGUGCGCCUGCUGGACCAGUACAACUUGGUUCACAGUCCACACAACGGGCCUAACCACAUGGGUGGGGGAAACUCUGUUAUGUGUGGGGCCAACGGAGCAGGCUUCAUCGGCAUGCGCCCCGGGCCGCAAGGAAAGAAGAGCAGGCGUGGCGGAGGUGGAGCAAAGGUGGGAGGUGUUGGCGGGGGAGCUAAAGAGCUUAAAGACAUGAAAGCGAAGAGAAGAAAGAAGCCCGCUGGAGGAGAGGCGCCAAGCGUGGUUGCUGGAGUGGGAGGAGGAAAUGGAGGGGGUGCAGGAGGAGGGAGUGCUAACGGCGUGAAGGCAGCAGGAGGACUUCCGGAGAGCUCUGUCACCAUGUCACCUGUUGACUCCCUGGAGUCGCCGCACUCGUACACAGGCGACGUGUCCGCCGCUGUCUCCACAACAGCAAACUCCCCUCCCCUUCUCAGCAGCCCCACCUCCAGACCUAUGCUGCCCCCCGUCAGCCACAUGCUGGGGCAGCAGCAGAGCUGGGUGGGCAUGACCAAGCAUGGCUACGGCAGCCACCUGUUUAACCUCGUACCGCACCAGAUGGGGGGCUCUCACCCUGGCAUGGGCCAACACCACGGCCAGGGGCCGAUGCUGACUCCCAUGAACGUCACCAUGAGCAGAGAGCAGCUCCCGCCCAUCGUCACAUUCCAGAUGAUGGCGCCUGGAGGAGGCCAGGCCAUGCUGAAGCAGCCUCAACCGGGGCAGGUCCAGGUCACACAGUCCCAGGGGCAGAAUCAGGCUCACUCCCAGCAGGGCCCAGGCCACCUGCACUGCUCCCAGAGUAUGAUGUACCAGAUGUCGGAGCAGAUGGGCAUGGCGCAUGGGCUCCCCCACACCUUGCAGCACGCUCACACCGUCAGCCACGGAGGCCACAGUGGGAUCGAGGGUCAGUCUCGGCAGCUGCCCUCCUAUCCACCUAUGCAGAGCCCCGUGGAUAAAUACCCCACGCCGCCUUCCCAGCACAGUUACACCACCGCCGGCUCAGAGGGCACCACCCCCGGCAACUCUGCCCAUCCACCCAGCGAGCACCCAUAUCUCACUCCUUCGCCCGAGUCCCCAGACCCUUGGUCGUCAUCUUCGCCACACUCCAACUCGGACUGGUCUGAUGUCACCACCAGCCCUACCCCUCUGGGCAACCCACACCAUGCACUGCCAUCCUCACACCACACACACAUUCCAGAGCAGGUGCAGCUGCAGCAGCAGUCGCAGCAGAUGCAGCAGGCCUCUCAACAGCCUCAGCUCGGAAACAUGCAGGUGUUUGCGUAGGCCGGCCCAAGGAAAGCAUGAACAAUCUGACUUUGGGGUUCUGUGUAGUUAAGUAACACAAAGUGACUCUCACGAUGCUUUUCUCACUUCUCUUGUUAACUCUCUUUGUUUGUUCUUCAUUAUAUUAAUCGGUCACCUCCCCUUUUCAUGUUCUCUCCUCCUCUUUGCACUUAAGAAAACUGUGUAUAGUUUCUAAAACGUUGUUGAGUAUUAUCACCUAGAAAGCAAAAAGUUCUCAAUACCAAAAAACGUGGAAUUAGUCAUCUGUCACAAGUUACAAUCAGUUUUCCAUGUUGUGCCUUCAAUCCCAGCUGAGCCUCCUCUGCUCUCUGCCGGCCAAGUCCAGACUUUUUCUUUUCGUCCUCUGGCGCCUGAACACAAACUGUUUAUUGAGGGAUCAUCAAGGAAGUGCCAAGCAGAUGGCAGCCAGCUGGUAUUGCAUCAGAAAACAGACUGCUGAGAUGGACACUGAGAGGACGCUCCACAUUGAUAUUGUCUGAUUUUGGAGGAUGUUGUUUAGCUCUGCUUUAUGCUACCCUUGUUUUUAUUGUUUAACGUGAUAAGCCUAAUACUAACUCCUCGUCGAAAACCAUUCACUCUACUUUUUUUAAUAUGAUGGGUCAUAUUCAGUCAAUGCUUUAAUUCAAAACUACCUAGUUGCCUUUUUUGUUUUUUUUUACUUCUGCAUUUUUAAUGUGCUAAAGGGGGAAUUUUAUAAAAAAUACUGUUGCGUGACUAGAAAGACAAGAGAAUUACAGAUGAUUCAGUAAGGCACACAGAUGUAUCUUGUUACUAAGGGUUAAAUGUAUUCACUGCAUUGAUUAAACCUGAGUUAUAAGUGUUUCCUAUCAAACACACAUGGAACGUUCAAUAAAUGGAGUUUUUACUUGCACAUUGUCAGUGCAGUGAGAACACAGCGUAUUACUCCUGUCAUAGGUAGGUGCUGUUACAGAAACACAGAAGAGUCGAUUUAAUACCAAAUCCGAUGCAGUUACGUCUCACCACUAUUAUUCAUGUGUUGUUGAGGGAUUCAUUCAGAAGCUUGACGAACUUUAUGCAAAUACAUACAUUAGUUUAAUAUGUUGUAUGAUGAAAUGUACAUAGACUUACAGCACAUUCUGCUUGUUAUUACUGAGCUCCGUUUGGCAAAGAUGUGUUGACAUUUUAAUGUUUUUUUAUAUGAAUUCUGUUGGCACUUCAAUGAUUCUGAAUGUUACAGAGGUGCAUGUUUCUACCUUUUCUAAGCCGCCUCUAUAUUUUCUUUUCCAAAAUCAUUUAACCAGUUUUGCCUUUUUUGCUUGACUACAAUCAGUGUAUCUGUGCACCUUUUUUUUUAAUUGUCAUGAUUCAUAAACCAAGUCAGGAGGUGAGUGAGGUUUGAUAAAGUAUUUUUUUUUGGUCUUUUUUCUUAAAGAUGAUGUUGAUCAUAGCUUUGUGUUACUGUUCUGUGAACACAGACAAUCAUUCGCUGGUUUAUUUUUGACACUUCAAAACGGAGCAUCACUGUCUCUAAGACCAAAUUUAUUUUUUCUCCUGCCAAAAAUGUUCAUUAUGACCACUUUUUUGGUCAGUUGUUACCCUCUUUUUAGUUUGUGUUGUGGUGUAUUAAAGACUUUUGACAGCACACACAUCAGUUACCAAGAAACAUUGUUUUGGUUUAAAUUACUACUGCAGAUAUUUUCAUAUUUCAGCCAUAUUCCCUUUUACGUUUUCUCUGUUCUUCACAAAACACAAGUGCUGUACAUCAAGGUGUCAGUCAACAUUUUUCUGUUAAGAAUUUGAGCACGUCAGAUCCCGUUCAUUUGCGAGGCAAUUUCUCCAUGUUGUGAAUAUAAAAUGUUUUUUGUUGUUGUUGUACUUUUCUCUGUUAACCAAAUAGCCUAUGAUGAUAAUAUACAUGCCAUAUGAAGUAGUGUUCACAAUGUUUGUAUAAGGUAGAACUAAAACUGAUGAUAAAAUAAGUUGUCUGUUGCAGAAAAACCAAAUUAUCAGCCAAAUGUGCUUACUGAAAUAAAGCCCAGAUCUUCAUAGA